UUCCUUCAUAUAAUCAAAAUUAAUUUCAUUUAUUGUGUAUCUUCUUAAUAUAUUUUAAAUCUAUUAUCCUUGAUUUUAUCAUUAAGCAAAAUCGAGGGUACCCUACAAAUUUUUGCUCAUUUAUGGUUAAAUUUCUUUAUGCACACUUUACGAGACAUCAUCAUCAUAGUAAAAUGGGGUUUUCCCUUAUUUUUUUCCGUUUACACUAAGGAGUGUAAUCUAGGUGUAAAUCAGGUUCAUAAGUCUGAUUUACACUAAGUAUACCAUUUUGGUGUAAAUCAGGUUUAUAAACCCGAUUUACACCUCUUCAUUCACUUGUUUUUCUCCCAAGGUGCAAAUCGGGUUUAUAAACCCGAUUUGCACCUAUUUAUGUCACUCAAAGACAUAAUUACUCAAUUGAUUAAUUUGUUUAGGAGUCUCCCUCCUUUAUUUUUAAGUCAUUAAAACUCUUUUUAAUCUUCAUUUUACUUGAUUAAGUUAUCUUGGAGAUAAAGAGAUAUUUUUCCACAAUUUUCAAACUCUCAUAUGUAUUAUUUCUUCCUUUUUUUAGGGUUUUGAAAACCCUUUUUGUUUUUUCCAUGAAUCGUGUUGGUUUUCCCUUUGCAAAAUUCUGUGAAUGAAUGAUGACAUUCAAUUUUUCAAUCCACACUCUUUUGUAAAUGAAUUUUUCAAGUUUAUGGAUUUGAAAUUCAUUUAUCACACACACAUAAUGGUGAUUUUUCAUCCAAUUGAUCAUGGAGAUAUCAGUUUGCCAAAGAGGGUUUUGGAAACCCUAAUUGUUUCAAAUGCACUAUUUUCUAAAGAUUGUUCAAAAUAGAUGAGAAAAAUGAUUGAUCAAAUGUCUCAUUGUAAUACUGAUGAAUGUAUUUUCCUUAGUGUGAUUAUUAUAUCAAUGAAAAAAUCUUCUCCAAACAAGAGAGGGAUGAAAUUCAAGAAACAAGACCCUCAUAUAGUCUUUCCUUCCUCUUCAAUCAGUUCAAAUGUGAAUCACAUAAGAGAUACAGAGAUAGGUCAUGUUGACCUAGCCGAGUUUCUUAAGAGGAUUGGGAAACUACCUUCAUAUUGUAACAUGGAAGCUAUUAUCAACUGUGGAAUUCAUCUAGUGGCUUCUUUUCCAAUGUUAGCUCAAGACCCUAAAUUUGUAAUAGAAGUUGAAAAGCAUUUUCAUCCAGUCAAUAGAAGUGUAAAGGAUGAAACCGGGAAGAUAUUGAUCAGACUUGAUGAUGAAUUAUUUGAUUCAUUCUUUAAGUGUCCCAGUAUUCAAGAAUAUUCUGACAUUUCAAUACAAUCAUCCAUAGCUUAUUUCGAUAAGAAUUCUGACAAAUGCAGAAAGCACAUGAAUGAUAAUUGGUUCAAGACCUCAAGACCUACCAUUACAAGAUGGUCGAAAAAACUUCCCAGAUGUGUUCAUCAAAGAGUGCAAUGAUUUAAUAAAUCUUUUAAGUAGAGUUAAAGGACUUCCCACCUCCAACACUUUCUAUAAAUGGAUGUAUCAUUACAUUCAUGUGCUCAGGAAAAACAAAGAGAAGAUAUUUUGGGAAAAAUAGAUCAGUAAUGCUAUCUAUGAAUAGCUCACUAAGGUACCUACCACACUCAAUUUUUGCAUGACUUCAUACUUGGUGUAUGUUUCAGCUUCAAUGAGACAUUUUUCUGGAUCAUCUACAACUAGUGAUAGGAGACAAUUUGAGGUACAUAAAUACUAUUCCCAAUUGGUUCUUUAGAAUAGUCAUAGUUAUUUAUGGAGGGUAAAUGAUGCUUUCCUUGGUUUUUAUAUGGAAAUGUUGAACAAGAAUUUAUAUAAUACAAGGGUGUGAUCAUGCCUAGGAAGUGGUUAAUCAAUAUGGAUGCAUGUUUCUCCAAUUCCCAACCUUCACAUACCUCGAGGUUGGUUUCUUCAUUGGUUAGCCUUUCAAGCUUCCUAGGUAUCCCUCCAAUAAGAUUGUGUUGAUGGAGUUAGCUCAUCAGAUGAAUGUAGUACAUGAGGCCCAAUCAGGUUCUCAUUAGACAGGUUUGAAUUUUUCUCUUUCCAUUGGUACAUAUUCCAUCAAUUUUAUCUAUAAAGCCAGAGCAAUGGAAGAGGAGAUGAGGAGAGUUAUUAUGAGGUUCUUCAAAGCCAAGAAGGACUUUGACUAUAGAGGAAUGAGAAAUAAGUUAAAGAAGGCAUAUGUUCAUGUGCAUUGAAUUUUUGUAUUCAAAUAAUAAAUCAAAUGAAAAGGAUCUAAGAAGUAUUCUAACUUUAUUUCGAGCUUCACUUAUUGCAUUUUCUAAGGAGCAAGUUUUGGAUGAUGCAAAAUCCUUUUCUACUGCAUAUUUAAAACAGGCUCUACCAAAUAUCAAUAAUACUAAUCUUUCAAAAGAGAUAAAAUUCAAUCUAGAGUAUGGUUGGCACACCAAUGUGCCUAGGUUGGAAGCAAGGAUAUAUAUUGACAUAUAUGGAGAUGUCAAGACUAGCAACAGUAUUUUCAACUCAAAACUUUUAGAACUAGCAAAGUUGGACUUUAAUAUGAUCCAAUCAAUUCAACAACGAGAGCUUCAAAUUCUCUCAAGAUGGUGGACGGAGUCUGGUCUAGGUAAACUAGAGUUCGCUCGCCAUCGUCAUGUGGAAUUUUACUUUUGGGCAGCCGGAGGGUGUAUUGAGCUAAAAUAUUCUACAUUUAGAAUUGGGUUUGCAAAGAUGGCUACAUUUGUCACUUGUUUGGAUGAUAUUUAUGACACUUAUGGAACUCUGGAUGAGCUUAAAGUCUUCACAGAAGUCAUAAAGAGGUGGGAUUUUGCAUCCUUAGAAGGACUUCCAGAAUUUAUGAAAUUGACAUUCAAGGUGUUUGAUGAGGGAUUGAGGGACAUGGCUCGAGAGGCUGAAAAAACUCAAGGCAGAGACACACUUGACUAUGCACACAAAGUUUGGGAAGUUUACAUAGAUGCUUACUUUCAAGAAGCAAAGUGGCUUGCUAUGGGCUAUAUGCCAUCUUUGGAGGAAUAUUUAGAGAAUGGAAAAGUAAGCUCCGGGGCUCGUGUUGUAACCUUACAACCUAUACUCUCAUUAGACGUGCCCCUUUCUAGUGAUGUUAUUAAAGAAAUUGAUUAUCCAUCAAGUUUUGAUGAGCUUUUAUGCUUAACCCUUAGAUUAAGAGGUGACACGAAGACAUUCAAGGCUGAAGCAGAUCGUGGAGAAGUAGUAUCAUGCAUAACAUGUUAUAUGAAAGAUCAUCCUGGAUCUAUUGAAGAAGAUGCAUUGGAGUAUCUCAAUUCUUUAAUUGAUGAAAAUCUCAAAGAAUUAAAUUGGGAAUAUUUAAAACCUAAUAGUGUUCCCAUAAUCAGCAAAGAUCAUGCAUAUGUUUUAUCAAAAGGUCUACAACUUCUCUACAAAGAAAGAGAUGGAUUUAGUGUCUUGGGCACUGAUACAAAGAAUCUUAUCACCAAAACUAUGAUUGAACCAGUGCCUAUGUGACUUUUUA